AUGCAUUUCUUCCAGAAUCUUUCCCUUCUGCUCCUCCCAGCCGCAGCUCUGGCUGGAGUUAUCCAUUAUGAAGUCAGGAAAGGCUUCACAAAUCCUAAAGCAGGGCCACAUUCAAAGAAGAUUACAGAUAUUCACACUCAGGAAGAGAAUGAUUUCUUGAGUUUCAAAGGCACGCCACCUGGCAAAGCUGUUCAAGGCGGUGUCAAGCUUCGGAUCCUUUCUGUUGGUGAUUCUAUCACUGUUGGUUUUGGAAAAGGAACGGAUGGAAAUGGAUACCGCAAGAGACUAGGAAGGAAUCUCAGUAGUAAGAUGGCACCAUCUUCUUCGUGGAAUUUGACUGACAUUGUUUCAGGAAAUGAGGUCGUUUGGGCUGGCACUGAAAAGACAACGGGAGAUAUGAAAGAUGGCCACUUUGCAGCCUGGUCCGGAAAAACAGUCCAGUACAUCAACGACCACAUCGAUCCAUCCCUCGAACAACGUCCCAACCUCAUCCUUAUCCACGCCGGAACAAACGACAUGAACAGUAAUCGUCACAUUUCUACAGACGGAAACCUUCCUCAAGACACCACCAACCGCCUAAGAUCAUUGGUCGAAAAGAUGAUGUCCAAAUGUCCUGACGCUACUAUUAUCAUCGGCAUGAUCACCAAUGUUUGCGACAACGAAUGGUAUCAUUUUCAGAGAGAGGGGAUCAAGAUUUAUCGUCAGCAUAUGGCUGAAUUGGCAGCUGAGCUCAGAGCGAAUGGGUCUCAUGUACUUGCUGCUGAUUUUGGGUCUUUUGAUGAUACGCUUUUGAGUGAUUGCGUUCAUCCGACGCAAAAGGGGUAUGAGAUUCUAGGGCACUGGUGGUAUGAUUAUAUUCAUCAGAUUCCUGAGGGUUGGAUCAAGGAUCCUGUAGGACCUGACCCUGUUCGGGAUUAG